AUGGAUAAAUUAACAGAUACGCUCCAACGUGAUCUCAACAAAUUGCAAACUAACUAUCAGAAAUCAGUGGAAGAAGCCUUAGGUAUUCUAGAUACUGGAUAUCUACGUAAAAUACAGGCGAAUUUCUUUCGUUGCGGUUUGAAAUGCUGUGAGAACACUAGUGCACCUAUUGAUGAAGUACAACGAUGCAUACAACGGUGUGAAACUCCUUUGAGUCGAGCACACGAAUUAAUGCAGUCGGAAGUUGACAUGUUUCAAACAAGAACACAACAGUGUGCUUCUGAAUGUGCUAAUCGAGCCCGUGACAAACUAAGCACAGAUGCAAGUGAAUCGCAAAUGAAAGCUGCUCAACGUGAAGUAUUGACAUGCUCUCAAGCAUGUGUAGACAAUCAGCUGGCAAGUGGACUACCAGCUCUUAUUACUCGGUUGAAAGAACAACUGCAAAAGUUGAAGCAGGAUGAAGUUGGAAUUCUGGUCAGUGGACGCGCUGUUUACAAAGCCUGCGUUACUGCUUUUGUUUCCCCCUUAGAUUUAGAUGAUCUCUCCGUCUGUCAGUUUCCCUUGAGCAUGGCUGAUUACUGGAAAAGUAAUCCUAAAAAAUAUUGUGAUUUAUGUAAAUGUUGGAUUGCUGACAAUAAGAUCAGCAUUCAAAAUCAUGAGAAUGGUAUGCGUCAUAAAGCCAGUGUAGCAAAGAAAGUCAACGAAUUAACUCGUAGCAACAAUGAUGCUGAAAUAGAGAAGCGAAAACUGGAAGCUUGCCUACAACAAAUCAAUGAUAGUGCUCAUCUAAGCAUGAUGAAAGAUUUGGAAAGAGAUCCGUCAUUGGCAAAACAAUACGGGAUUGAAUUAACUAAAGAAAUCAAGGCUAAUAAUAAUAAUAAUGAAGAAACUGUAAGUAAAACAGAGAAAUCAAUCCCUGCUAAAUCUCGGCCUGAUCCACCAAAACCAGAGAAUAUUUGGCGAGAAUCAAUCACUCCAGAUGGUAAACAUUAUUACUGGAAUGCAGUCACUCGUGUUACUCAAUGGACACGACCGGAUGGUAUUAUAGAACCGGAUAAUCGGACGGUGAAACAAGAAAAGGAUAGAUUAAAGGAUUUUGUCUUUAAUCGUCUCGUGGAGUUAAGUGAAUCUGGAUCGAAAGGAGCAAAUGAAGCAGUACUUCAGGCAUUCAAUGCUUCUGUAGAAGAUGAUAUAUCAACUACUACUGCUGCUGUAGUAGAAAAGUCUACAGUUGACAAUCGUGAUGAAAGGCCUAGUACACCAGAACCUCCUAGGCCUGUUGAAUUUCGUGGUCCACGGAUUGAUUUGCUCGGUCCAUGGGUUGCUUGUGAGGAUGUUCCUAAACCAAAAUUACCAAAACUUGAUCUCCCUGUCACUACCAAUAAUGUUGUCUAUUCACAGAAUCCAGAACUCAAUGAAAAAUUAUCUGUAAUAGCACAUUUAGAAGAAGCAACAGAAAAAUCUAUUGAAAAUGCAUCAUUAUUCAAUCCAGUAGAAAAAGUAAUUCAUCCUGGAAGUUGUCUUGGCGGAGGCGGCGGCAGUUCUAAGAAAAGCGAAGACGACAAUUCUUGUAAAGUUGAACAGUCAAGCAGUAGUAAUCCCGCUCGUAUUGUAUUUAGACGACGUCAGCCUGGCACUAAUCGAUCUAUACGUGCACCACAAAGCGAUGAUUAAUAAUGAUGUUAUUUCAUGUAAAUUAAUUAUUGGAAAUAAACGCAUCUGUUGUACAUAUUAAAAUGUAUUAAUAAUAAUAAAAAUAAUAAUAAUGACAGAAUUAUAAUUCAUGCGUCAAAAGAGCCC